GCCGCAUCUGAUUGGUGGAUUGUGCUGUCAGUCAGUGGCGACACCGAGCGACGUGAAGGAGCGCUGCCCGCCCCGAGCUGAUGUGUCCCAGACCAGGAAGUGAAGUUUUUAAGGAGCUGAACUGAGUGGAGCAGGAUGACCACUUUAAUUCGGCGUGGCCGACGUGGAGAAGAGGGCCCGGACAAGAGGGCCGAUUCUGACGAUUCCAGCAAAGACAAAGAUGAGGAUGCCGCGGGGGACUGUAAGGACAUGAGGCUGACGCUUAUGGAGGAGGUUCUUCUCCUGGGCCUGAAGGAUAAAGAGGGUUAUACAUCCUUUUGGAAUGACUGCAUAUCCUCGGGACUACGUGGCGGUAUCCUCAUCGAGCUCGCCCUCAGGGGACGUGUUAUUCUGGAGCCGGCUACUUUACGCAAGAAACGCCUCUUGGAUCGAAGGGUGCUGCUCAAGUCAGAGGCACCAACAGGAGAUGUUCUGUUGGACGAGACCCUGAAACACAUUAAGGCAACCGAUCCUGCGGAAACUGUCCAGAGCUGGAUAGAGUUACUGACCGGUGAAACAUGGAACCCGUUCAAGCUUCAGUACCAACUCCGAAACGUUCGAGAACGUAUUGCCAAGAGCUUGGUGGAGAAGGGAAUCUUGACCACAGAGAAGCAAAACUUCCUGCUCUUCGACAUGACCACCCACCCUGUAACCAAUACCACAGAGAAGCAACGACUUGUGAAGAAGCUGCAAGAAUCUGUCCUCGAAAAGUGGGUGAAUGACCCACAUCGCAUGGACAAACGGACACUGUCCCUGCUGGUCCUGGCCCACUCCUCUGACGUCCUGGAGAACGCCUUCUCCACACUGCCGGAUGACAAGUAUGACAUGGCCAUGAACAGAUCCAAAGACCUCCUAGAUUUGGAUCCUGACGUAGAAGCCACGAAACCCAACUGCACAGAAAUGAUCUGGGCCGUAUUGUCUGCUUUCAACAAAUCUUAAGAUCUAUGGUGGUGGGAAUUAAACCGGACGAAGGAUUCACCCAUAUUGUUUUCCAGAACGUUCAGUGGGGCAGGAGAGAUGCAGAGAUCGAAAACUUUGCUUGAACAUGAAUUCUGAACCUCCAGCCCCCAAAUACCCUUCCAUCUGCUACCUACCCACAUACCUAGUGUAUUGGUAGAGCACAUGGAAGCAGUGGACUCUGUAGCUACCGUAAUACACGUUUUUGUUUUUUCUUUGUAGGGCUUAAAAAAAAUAAUCAGCAAGUAAGGUUCACUCAACAACCUGAUAAUUCUGGAGUCUUCAAUGGUCCAUGGUGAUGUACAUUGGUACAAAUGUGCACCCCCUUCUUCCGUUCUAAAUAGGCUGUGGACUCUUGAGUGGUCAGGUCACAAGAGAGUGACCGUUGUACCUAGUUGAUGUCUCCUGCUCACGUUUUCUAUGACUAUCACACAAAAAGACAUGUAGACUUUUUUGAAGGAUAUGUAUAAGUUGCACAGAUUUGGGCCAUGAUAAAUGUUUUUUUAACUUUUUGUUUUUAGGUUGCGAAGCCACUUCUAUAACUUGAUCUCGUUAAUUAUUUGCAAUGUAGCUUUAAUAGAGAGGGGGAAAAAAAAUUAAAAUAUGUUUCUUUAGGAACAGUACAUCGGGAUCUUCGUGAUUUAUUUAUGCUCUUCACAGAAGUUCUUCCUUUCCAGCUUGUAUUGGGCAGAUUUUGUAUCUAGAAGCCUUGAUCCAAUGCUUGGGUUGAUAACCAGCCAUUAGGGCAUUUAAAGACAAAAAUGUGUUUGGGCAAAAGUAGACACCUCAUCUGGCUGCCCCAUUGCAUAUGUUUAUUUGUGGAUCUUCUCACGUAGGCUUUUUACUCAGUGUUGACCAUCCACAGUAGUUAGUCUGGUGGACAUGUGGAGCCUUCCUGCAUUAGAAUAGAUGUUUGCAAUGAAGCUGGUUCCAGUGAACAUCCAUCGUGACCCCCCCAUAAAGACAUGGCUGGGUAUUGUCUAUGUACGGCAAAUCAGAACCAAAGUUUGGGAACCUGGUCUCCAUUGUGCUACCAACACCCAACUUUUUGGGUUACACUCGUUAAGGUUCUUAUCGCCAGGUGCUAAAAACUUCUGAAAUCAAGUUGCUGGCAACUGAAGCCUACAGGAGUUUGUCCAUCUGUUGCUGCUGACUACGACCAGUGAGCGCUUGAAGAUGCCAUACUGUGCUGGUCUCCUGACGUCCAGUUUGCAUGGUAUCAGUAUGACCUCCAGGGCAUUCUCCCCUAUUCCCACCCCUGUAAAACCAGCUUGCCAUCCAACAUUUUGGAACUGCGUUGCGAUAUGGAAUUGUUCUAAAUUACAAAAAUAGUCACUGCUACAUCCACCUCAUUACCCAUCUGACUCAACAAGGCCCCAGUUACAAUGACCUCAUGACUUCCAUAAACUUUGCCGACUGAUUGGAAAGUGGUGCUGGAGCGGACGUGCCCGCAAGCGACUUGUUUAUUACCGUGGCCUCCAACCAUAAAAAGGGGAUAUUUUUUGCUUUUUUUUCGAUGCAUUGGAAGAAAGGAUGAAGAUUUAUUUCACAAAGCCUUCAAAUUAUUAUAUCAUUUUUACAUUUAUUUUAUUUUAUCAUAUAUUCUUUUAAUUUCAUUAAAUAUUACUGUCUGAUCGAAUACCCUGAAAACGUCUUUUUGUAAAACUUCGGAAAGAGAAAUCAAUGCACAAGGAUUAUUUAAGGAGUGUUUUAUGUGGGCUGCCCGGAUUAUACCUUGAAUUCAAGGGCCUCAAAAUGGAUGCCCAGCGUGAAAGUAACUGGUGAGAAUGGUCUGGAUGAUGGACUAACGGGAUAAUCGUGUACACAGGACCAAAGUCAUGAUGUAUUUGUUGCAUUUAUGAAUUAAGUAUCUUUCAAAUAAAACUGCAUAAUAUUUUAAA